GCUGUUCGGCGCAACAGCGUGCGACUCAAAGCGCUGCCGGCGGGCCUCCGAGAAUGGACGAUCCCGACAGCAAGGAGGGCGACGCGGCCGCGCCCCCCCCUGUGCCGGCCCUGGCGACGCCGCCGGGCGGCGGGGCCGCUGGCAGCAGCAAGGCUGCCGCGGGCAGCGCGGGCGGGGGGACCUUCACCAGCUUGAUUAGCCGCCUCUGGACGUCCCCCUCGCCGGUCGAGGCGCCGCGGGCGUCGAGCGGCGGCGAUGCCUCUGGCUUCAUCACGCAGAGCCCCCGCCGCGCGCCGGGCACGCCCGGCGCCGCUGCUGCCUCGCCGGCGGCGCCAGGGCUGACGUCGCCUGAGGGCAAGCCCCAGCCGCAGCCGCCGCCCGCCGCCGAGAAGCGCGGGCUCCUGGACAUCUUUUCGCCGAUGUUCACCAUCUUUGGCGGCGGCGGCGGCGGCGCCGCCGCCGACCCGCCCAGGCCCGACGCUGACGCUGAGGCCGAGGCCGCAGGCGCGCCAGAGCCGGCCGACCCGCCGCCGCAGCCGCCGCCGCCGCCGCCUCCGCCGCCUGAGCAGCAGCAGGAGGAGGAGGACGAGGAGCUCGACGAGUUUGACCCGUACGUCUUCAUCCGCAGCCUGCCGCCGCGCCCGCCCCCUCUGAACCGGCCGAUUUGCCUGCCCAAGAAGACGCGCGGCACGUUUCCGAUUUCGCUCAUCCUCGACCUGGACGAGACGCUGCUUCACUCGUCCAUCGUGCCCCUUCCGACGUACGACGUCGUCUUCCCGGUGCACUUCAACUCGGUCAACUACCAGGUCUACGUCCGCAAGCGGCCGCACAUGGACCACUUCCUCGAGCGCGUGUCGCAGCUGUUUGAGAUCAUCGUCUUUACCGCCUCGCAAAAGGCGCGGACCCCCACGCCUCCGCCCCGCGCUGCGGCCGUUUACGCCGACCGCCUGCUGUCCAUCAUCGACCCGCAGCGCAAGUGGAUCAAGCACCGCGUCUUCCGCGACUCGUGCGUCGUCGUCGACGGCAACUACCUGAAGGACCUGACGGUGCUCGGCCGCGACCUGACCAAGGCCGCCAUCGUCGACAACUCGCCGCAGGCCUUUGGCUUCCAGCUCGACAACGGCAUCCCGAUCGUGAGCUGGUUUGACGACAACUCGGACACGGAGCUGCUCAAGCUGCUCCCCUUCCUCGAGAGGCUCGCCGCCGUCACGGACGACGUCCGCCCGUUGAUACGGGACCAGUUCCAGUUGUACAAGCGCGUCCACGGCUCCUGAUGGCGCCCAGCCUGCCCGGCUCCGCCGCCGAGCCGGUCCGGCGGGUCGCCGUUGAGCAUUCCUCUGCCGCCGCGCGUCUUGCGGCCGUGAGGAGGAUGGUCCGCUCGCCCCCCCUCGGGGUCCGCUCGCCCCCUCGGGGUCCGGCGCACUCGUGGACGGUGCGCCGGUGCCGCCAACGCCAACAUCGCGCGGACGAGGCCGCGCAACUUGACUGCACACCUUGAAGGGACGGAAGGGGGGGUUGGGACGGCUGUAUCUGGGGACGAGAUCGAGAGAGAUGCUGCCGCUGUUGAGUUGUCUGGAGUCUCCGUGUUAUCAUGCGUUGCAUGGGAAUGGUAUCUCGUAUCUGUGGGUGGCAUGCCAGGGGUGUCUUUUUGGUUUCGGUUCCGCUCUUGCCUUCUAUAAAUAAAAAGAG